GUUCUGUGUUCUAUGGUGAAGGUAAAAUCUGAAUAAAAGUCAAUGACCUGUUAUUUUACGAAGUAAACAUCUCAGUGCAACAUACAUUAAUAAAUAGAUAUACAUAAACAAAAUAUUAAUUUAUGAAAUUACGAUGGCGUCAACACGUAUGAUUAUAAAUCGACAGAUUUCGACUUCGUCUGUUUGUCAUGGCAAGCGAAAUUUUCGAAAAUUUCUAUUAUACAACAAACGAGGUAGUCGUUCUUUUAAACAUGAACAAGCAACCAAUCCGGAUUGUGACAUUCCAAUCGAUAAAAGAGGAGUAAGGGAUACAGGACAUAAAGUGGGAAAUAAAUUUGUUAAUAUACCAGAAAUGAUACCAGAAAUUAUUGUGCCGUCACUAAAGGAUUUUCAUUUAAAACCAUACGUUUCUUAUAAAGUUAAGGAACUUCCAAAGCAUGAAUUCACAGCACAAGAUUUAUUCAACUUAGUAUAUGCAAAAAAAAUUGAAGAUGACUUUGAAAAUAAUCAAUUAGGCCCAAAUGGUGAACCACUAAAUCCCAGUGAAUAUGAGAAGUUAACUCCUAAGGAAGCUAAACUUAAGGCAGAACAAACUGGUACAGAUAUUUUCACUGUAGAUAGAAAUGACAUUAAUUGAAUGUAAAUAUAAUUGUAUUUAAUGUAUACAUACUUUAAGCAAAUAAAAUGAAGAAAAUGAAAAUUGAUGGUAUUCAAGUAACUUUAAUAUACCAUAGAUGUAGAGUAGCAUUUCAUUUUGCAGUCUGCAUAUGGUUUUAUUUAGUAUCUUCAUACACGCAAUGUAUACACUUGCUGACAGUUUUGCAGUUGAUAAAUAGUAAUUAUUUACUAUCAUACAUGACAGCAAGGAAACAGUAAAACAAAUGAUUCAUUGUAAAUGUAAAAACGGACAUUUUGGUUAGCAACGUUUUUUCUAUUUUUUGUUCAUUUUAUAUUGCCCAUUUCUAAUGCACUUGAACAAGUCCAUAAAGCACUUGUUUGUGUGGUCGGACAACAUAUUGCAAAACAAUAGUAAUAUGUCGCUGUCAAAGAUAGUUGCUUUCAAUAAAUUGUUUCUAGUAGUAAAAUAAAGUUCUUAGAGUUAAUUAUGAAAUAAAUUUACGCGCUAAUCAAUCAAAUGUCGUACAUUUUACAAAUGAUAUUUGUUUUAUGCAAUGUGAAAGUAUUAUUUUAAUAAAGACAUAAAUGCUGAA